UUGGCUGCAUUGCUAGGUAUCCACUGCCAUCUAGUUACAAAUUAAGAACUUUAAGUUUGCGUGGCAUGACGUCAUUGUCAAUAUCCUGAGGUAGUUUCCUGCUUAUUUGAUAAUGUCUCAAGCUGUUAUAUCAACCAGUCAGGGUCGCGAUACCCCGAUUGUGGAACGGAAUAUUCACGAAAUGCUAAAGGACACCCCUGUCAUGAACGACAGUAAUAAUGCAGUACAUUCUGGUACUGCACCUCCAUCGCCUCAGCGUGUAAGUUAUAUACCACAUCCCACUUCUUUGCCAUUGACCACAACCACAGCGCCGUCCACUGUUCCUACAACACCCAUGAGCCCUACACAAAAUGGUGAUCCCACAGUGUUAAAGGCACAACAGUCCAAGAUUGAAACAAUUAAGAACUGGAGUAUUUCGACAUAUAAAUGUACGAAACAACUGAUGUUUGAAAAACUGGGCAAGACAUCUAGGACUGUUGAUACAGAAUUGGAAGCACAGAUAGAGCAGUUACGAGACACACAGCGGAAGUAUUCGAAUGUUCUGCGCCUCUCCAGAGCCCUUGCGAGUCACUUCUAUCAUGUCGUGCAGACCCAGCAUGCACUGGGUGAAGCCUUCUCAGAUCUAGCACAGAAAUCUCCAGAGCUUCAGGAGGAAUUCCUGUAUAAUGCAGAGACGCAGCGGAAUCUUACAAAGAAUGGUGAAACUCUUCUGGGUGCUCUCAACUUCUUUGUUUCCUCAGUCAAUACACUAUGUAACAAGACGAUUGAAGAUACACUGCUCACCAUUCGUCAGUAUGAGGCAGCCAGGAUAGAGUAUGAUGCCUACAGAACAGAUCUGGAGUUGCUGGCACAGGCACCCAGAACUGAUGUCAACACGGCACGCCUUGAAGAGGCACAGCAGAGUUACGAACUCCACAAAGUUAACUUUGAGAAACUGCGCUCUGAUGUUUCCAUCAAGCUCAAAUUCCUGGAUGAGAACAGGAUCAAGGUGAUGCACAAACAACUGCUGCUGUUUCACAAUGCUGUGUCAGCAUAUUUUUCUGGCAACCAAACAGCAUUGGAAGCAACACUGAAGCAGUUCAACAUCAAGGUUAAGUCACCGAACUCUUCAUUUCCAUCAUGGUUGGAGCAAUAGUAGUACUGUGAAGAUAGGGGAAGUGUUGAACAUGGCAAGUUGGGGUCUUCGUGGCUGGCCAGUGGUUUGAGAAUGUAAUUAUCAUGAGUAAUUUGUUAUGAGCCCGAUGUUCUGUGUAGAGGCAGUCUUUUUAGGACAUUGGAGGGUGAGAAUACCAAUAUUUCAGUUUGAACAAAUAUCUGAUAUUAUGUUUGAUCUCAUUUGUUUUCUAUAUGUUGUAAAGGAGAUGUUUGCAGUAGAACUUCAUAGGUGUUAUUUCCAUGGGACCAAGAAGAAAUCUUUAUGGCCAUGAAAAAAAAAGUAAAGCCUUACUAAUUAGGACCAGUAAGGAGAAGGAGCAGUCUGAAUUGUUGAAAAGUCCAACUUAUGUAACAUAAUUACAGGCAAAUAUUCAAAUUCAUAGAAACAAACUAAUUUAGCCACAAUUUAGCAACAUGUGUUAACUUUGUGGUGUUUGGAUGCAAAUACUGUAUAAUAAAAAGAAAAAGAAAAGUGUUAUGACGGUGUUUAUAUUAAAAACAAAACUGAAUAAAAUUAUUAAUUUUUAUUGUAGUAUUCCUUUUAAAAAUAGAAAAUUGUAUUGUUUUCAUUAAAUGUUAGAUACUGUAUGUGUAUUUUUACAUUUGAGUGUUUGAGUGGCUCCACUCAUUGUCAAAAAUGAGGUGAUGCUAUUUUCCAUUUUUCCAUCUUGUGUUACACUAUCUCCACACAUUUCAAGAGGUUUACCUUACUUGCAAGUGUGAGAUUUCAGAAAAUGUUUUGUUCUAAGUCACAUUUAAACUGCAGUUGAUUCUGUAACUUCAAACCCUGUUUCCCAAAAAUUGUUAUUGAUAGGCAUAGUACUUUCCAAUACUUAGGUGAUGACUUACUUAAGCCAAUAGGAAGUGGUAAGUUGUAUCAAAUUGUAGUUAGGGAAAGUCCCAGUUUUGCCAGAGUAAGAUAAAUACAAAGAGAAAGGCAGUCUCAAUUACUGACGUUUUAUUGUGUGAUAUAAAAAUUGUAAAAUUCCCAUAGUCGUUUUUGUUUUCUUUUUAAUAAAUUGUGAUACUGAAGUUAAUUACUUCAUUUGUUAAAUUCCUGUAAGAUUUUCUAGCUAAAUUCUUAUCAUUCCAUGCUGAAAUCUUGAAUUCAUGCUUUGGCUCCUCUUGCAUAUCAGUGUCAAUUUCUGUUCUUCUUGUCGUUUAUUUAUAUGCCUUUUACAAUGAUAAAUAUAUUCAUAGAUCAUGACACAGAAGCCUCUAAAUAAAUACUCGGAUGGAAAAUGGGGAAUUUUAUGUUAAGCAUGACAAAAACAUACACAGUAGUGGGACCCUAUGUUAUCAGUAAUUGAAGAUGGGAAACAUGUUGGGGACUGUUGUAAGAAAGUUUCACUGAUCUCGGUAUACGAGUACUCUGCUCUUUUUCUUGGCUUAUUUUGGAAUAAGAGAAGAAAAUUCAAAUUACAGGAGAGAUGCCUUAUAAAGUGAGAGUAAUUAAUCUUUAUUGUUGAUACACCACACUGUUAUAACAGCAUGUGCGCUUGGUCCAGUUUCCCAGUCAUUACAGUUUUUCAAUGGUGAUAUUGUUACCCAUGAGUUAAGGUCCAGCCUUCAUCCUAUUGUAUCAGGUGAUUUAAAACCCCUAUUCCUGUAUGAUGAAAGUUAAUGUGCCAAAAAAAAAGUGGAUUUGGUGAAUGUACAGAAACGUUUCACAUCUUAGCACAUGUUACAUUUAACAUUUGCAUGCUUGCAAUAUAUAGAAGUAUUCCUGAAAUAAAAUAGAAUGUUUAGUUGCAGUGAUAUUUUUAAUGACUGGGUUACAGUUCGCAAAAUGUAUUCUUAUGCUGAAAAUCUAUUACAACUAAAACUGUGAACCCAGAGAAAUGUGACAUACUUUUCUGAAGCCUAGACUUACAAUCAAUUUUCCUUUUAAACAUGGGAAGGCUCACUGUUAUGGACAACCCUUUCUGUGUUAGUUUAUAUUUAAACAUAACAUAUAUUUCCCAGAAGGCAUGACUAGUUAGUUUUAAUUAUUGACCACUGGUUGGAUGUAUUUAUUUUUCUGAUCUCUUGUAACACCUGACCUGAAAGACCACAAUUUUUAAAUGAGGUAACUUAUGCAUAGUGUGCAGAGGUUUGCUGUUGGUGCUGCCUCCAUCUUCAGAAUAGAUGAGUCACUGAUCUAUGAUGAAGAUAGAGGCACCAGGUUCGUCUGAAAUAUUGGUACACGUACCAGACUACAUGGAAUCACAUCCUUCAGAACAGUAAUUUUGAUAGUCACAGCUGUGAGAACCUCAGCUCUCACAUACUCUUAUUUGUUCCAUGAGCUCUUAAUGAAGAUGUGUUGAUGGUUGUCAUUGUAUUUUACCCAAGUUGCAGAACCCACUUGCCAUGACCACCAUUUGUAAAGUUAUUACAUCACAUAUGUAGCAGCUAGUAUUAAGAUUGUAUGCUAAUGUUUGUAGCCUUUAGUUUAUUGGAAGUACAUAUUGUCUUGUGUGAGAAUUUGUGUGUUUGUGGCCUGGUAUCAAAUGGUGAUGAAAGACGCAUUGUAAAUAUCGUGCCAUAGUUACAAGCUUUCUGGUGCUUAUUUUUUAUAGUUGGUAUUAGAAUAUAUGAAGUCUGUUGUCAGGGUUGUGACACUAGUUGGUGCUUCUUGUGUUGAAUGGGUGAUCCCAUAUUAUCAUUAAGGAUUUGUGAGGUAAUAUUCACUACCAUUAUAUCAUCAUCACAGCAAAAGCAGACAAAGGAAAAACACUAGUCAUAUUAACACAUGAUAAAUACAAACAAAAAAAUACAAAAUUGCAUACAAGAAAACCAGUUCAUAAAAAUUCAAAACACUUCCAGUUAACAGUACCAAAAAAGACAUGGAACAAACAGCAGAAUUGUGUGAUAAGAUUAUACCAAAAGAAAACACACAGAAAUACACACAUGUGAAUCCCAUAGAAACCAAUUUACAUGCCAAAAUAAAGCUACAAACAUGAAACACACACAUCAGACUAAUACUAAACUGGAAAAAUUCCCUGACAAAUGAAAUAGCAAAAUAUUAAGAAGAACGUACAGCGAACUCUACAUCUCCCACAUAUAUUCAACAUUCAAAAUUCCUCUCACCUAUCAGACCAAAAGAGCAUACAGAUCAGCAAGAAUAUUCAGAUAUGCUCUUUUAAUAUUACAAACAUACCAAACAUAGAUACUGCAAUGUAAUACACAAUAUUCUAAGCAACAACUCAUGCAUUAAGUAAAACAUACAGAAAGAAAUAUUACAUAUAUUACAGAUAAACCUAGAACAAUAUUACUUCCAGUUUGAUCAGCAGUAUUAUAAAGAAACCAGUGGGCUAGGCAUUGAUACCUCUACACCAGCAAUACUAGCUGAAACAUACUUACAGAAUAUGGAACACACACAUAUAUACACACUAAUAAUAUAACACUAUAUCACAGGAUGCUUCAGAUAUGCUGCUGACACCCUGUUACAUAUGACCAAAACAAAACAAAUACAGUACAAACCCUAAAGGAAUUUGUUAAAUUACAGCCAUCCAUCAAGUACACCAUAGAGAAAGAAACAAAAUACAAUCCAUUUACUUGACCUUACAGUACACUGCAAAAACAGUAAAUUGAACUUCUCAAUAUAUCAAAAAAAGCACAAACAGAUGUGGUGCACCAUGAUUCCCAUCACCCAAUUGAACGCAAAUUAUCAAGUAUCACCUAUCUGAUAAAUAGAUUACAUACCCCAUAACAGUAGUAGCAAAGUUAACGUAAAUAAACAUUUCAUAUUACAAAACAACUAAUAGAACAACAUUCAAAUAACAACCUCCCCACCACCACAAAAAUGCAACACCCCAAAAAUCUAAAACCCACAAAAUGAAAUUGAUUACUUUCACAUAUAGUGGAAAAAAAAAAGAAAUUACAAAACCAUUCAAAGACA